AACCCGUAGGUACGUGGUAUUUUCAUACGGACACAUAACACAUUAUUCGUUCGCUUGCACACGCACACGCGUAGGUACACGCCGAAGCGGUCUUCUAUACCAGUGGUUCCUCGGCGGGUUCCUACUCGUCCGCCACGCCGGCGUGCAACACGAAACGCGCACGGGGGCGCCGAUAUAUUUUUAUCAUCAUCGUACCGGCCGCGGUCGCUGGUGUCUUGUGCGCGCGUGCGAUCGUCGUCUCGUCUGCCGCUCGCGAGUCCGACGACGGAAAACCUAUAGAAAAGGUCGCGGGUUAAUAAAGUCAAUAACACCACGUCUCGCGCAGUGCUUCUGGCCGUUCGUCCGUCGUUACUUGUUCCGUUCGGGACGAGUUGGAACAUUUUUCGACCGACGGUUAAACGAACGGUCACACGCGCAAACGGUCUCCCGUCGAAUGACGGAAACGUGAGAGAUUUUCCCGUAAGACAUUGUUCAGAAGUAACGAGUGAAAAAAACGUCGAACAUUGUGUUCAACUCCUGUUCCACCGAAACGACACGGCUGUCACCGGCUGCCGACACCGCUGCCUUGGAAAAAAAAAAACAACAUACAUAUAUAUAUCUUAUCGAGAACGGUUUUUAUGUUUCCCUUGUUUUCGUUAGUGAUAAUAAUUGUAAUAAUAUAGUGUAAUGGAAAAAUGAAAAAAGGUCGUCGAGGAAAAUAAUAAAAUAUAUAUUUAUUUACGAUUGCUUUCGAACAUUUGUGUUAAUUAACCGUGCAGUUAUUUUUCGACUAGUUUUAAUUAUCUACUCGUGGUGGGGGGGACAUCGGAAUGUUGUAGCAAUAUGGCGGCGGCCAUGAUAAUGGCUCACUCGACAACGUAGACUCUUUGUUUUCGUUUCUGAUACAUUACAAUAUUAUUAUUAUACCUUAAAAUAUUAUUAAUUUAUUUAUUUUUCCACCGUGUCUCGAACUCGACGUACGCGAUAUCGGUCCGCGCUCUCGCGUAUGUGACGUGCGUGCGUAUGUGUGUGUGUGUGCGUGUGUGCGCCUUUGCUUUGAAGAUAUCAGAUAAGGAUAACGCGCCUGGGAUCGCCGUUCGUCCGUUCUAAAUGUGCGGAAAGUGCCGCGAGCCCUGUGUUCUACACCGUCCAAAGGCUCUUGUUGGUCGCGUGCACCCGAAAACGGGAUAGAAAUGACGUGCCGCCGGUUCUAAGGAAUUAUUAUUUUUAUUUGUAAAGGAUCAGAGUACUUAUAUAAAUUUAAGUAACUACAUUACUUCAAUGUCAACAAUGUGAUUGGUAUCCAAACUGAUCCAUGUUCCAGCGCAUAUUGCGUACUAUAUGUGCGAUGUGUGUGAGUGUGUAGUCUGUGUAUCCUCGGCCCCCAGUUAGCCAUGGGCCGCCCGAGGAAGCUGUCGCCAGUAUGAAUUCUGCGGCGCCUGCAUCGGGCAAACCAUCUACCCGAUCAUCAUCGUCGGGCUACCGCCAGAAGGCAUUGGCCGAAAUCCGCAACUCAUUAUUGCCCUUCGCUAAUAUUGGUGGCUGCGACAGCAGCGCUGCCAGCUGUGUGUCAAGCAUCUCUAGUGCUUCUGGAUCAGCCACUUCUGGUAUUGGGUCUGUGUCUGGUUUAAGUUCUCUUUCAAACAAUUGUGUUGAUAAAGAGCUCAACGCUUUACGACAGACACUUACUCAAUUAAUCGCGAUGGGUUAUACAGAAGAAGCAUCAUUACGAGCACUUAAAGUAUCUGGUGGACGAUGUGAGGGUGCUUUAGAUUUUUUAGCUAAACAGCAACAAUGUGAUCUAUCAAAUGGAUGUAGCAAAUCUUCGUCGGGAUUAUGUAGUAGUAAUAAAUUAAUCAGGAAAUCGAGUUUAGAAAGAAGUGGAGUGGGGCCAAGAAGUAGUCCUGGCCAAGACAGUGGUGCAGGAAGCUCAAGGUCAGAUAGCCCAAGACAACCUGAUCUAGUCAUCCACUCUCAUCCUCCUUUAUCUCGUCAAUAUUCUCCUUCUGCAUAUUCAGAAACUCCUCCUCCUCCUCCACCUAGGAAUAAUAGUACACCUCCACCUCCUCAUGUGCCAACACACAUGCAACAGUUGCUUAAGCGUAUGUCACCAGCACCUGCUGUUCCUUCUCGUCCACCUGCACCUACACCAGGGACUUCAUGUAGUUCUAAUCAAAGAGGUACUUCACCUAUGGUAGUUCAAAAUGGUCCACAAGCACAGCAACAAUUAUCUCAACAAAUGCAAGCCUUAAGUAUGACUACUGCUGAACCUCCACCACCUUAUCCAUUAGUUGGAGCACCUCCACCGCCACCUUCAUAUUCUGCUUCAAUUCAAGAAUACCGAAAAUCGCCAUCCUCUGGAGUGUUUUCAAAUACAGGGUCAUCUAGUCCUGUAUCUGGUUCAACAAAUGGAAGUGUAACAUCUUUAACUCGACCUACACCUCUGCAAGCUUGGGGAGCUAGACAAACUAAAACUCAGUCGCCAAUUAUAAUGCAAUCAGUAAGAAGUACUUUAGUUCAGAAACCUGUACUUCAAACUGCUGUUGCCCCACAAUCUCCAGCACCUACUUCUCCUUCACCAGUUCCACCACCAUCUUAUGCAUCAUCUAUUCAACAAAAACAACAGGCCCAAAAAGCAGUUCAACAACCUCAGCAAGCAUCAUUAUCAUCACCUCCAUCAGUUGUACCAACAACUGAACCUCCUAGCUAUGCAAGUACAAUGCAAGCUUUGGCUGCUCAAAGAGUUAUUACCAAUCCACUGCCACCUCCACCACCAUAUGCUGAAGACCAUCCUCAUAGAAAACCUACUCCUCCAUUACCACCUAUACCAUCGUCAUCUAUUGCUAAAAAUAAAAUUAUGAAUUGUAAUAAUCACCAUCAUCACUUUAAUAAUAAUAACAAUAGCAUUACUAAUGGACAUGAUGAAGAAGAUGAUAAUCAGUCUAAGAUUGAUCAUCAAUCGCCUAUACCUGAACGUAAACAUAUUAGUAAAGAGAAAGAAGAAGAAAGACGUGAGUGUAAAGUAAAAAAUUAUUCACCUCAAGCAUUUAAAUUUUUUAUGGAACAACAUGUAGAAAAUGUCAUUAAGUCUCAUAAACAAAGAGUAUUUAGACGCGUUCAAUUAGAGACAGAAAUGGCUAAAAUAGGUUUGAGCGAGGAAGCUCAAUGCCAAAUGAGGAAAAUGUUGUCACAAAAAGAAUCAAAUUACAUACGACUAAAAAGAGCUAAAAUGGACAAAUCAAUGUUUACAAAAAUUAAACCUAUUGGGGUUGGAGCUUUUGGUGAAGUUACAUUAGUUAGGAAAAUUGAUACAAACCAUUUAUAUGCCAUGAAAACCUUGAAAAAAGCUCAUGUACUUAAACGUAAUCAAGUUGCUCAUGUAAAAGCUGAAAGAGACAUACUAGCAGAAGCUGACAAUGAAUGGGUUGUUAAACUUUAUUAUUCAUUUCAAGAUAAAGAUAAUUUAUACUUUGUUAUGGAUUAUAUACCUGGUGGAGAUUUGAUGUCAUUGUUAAUUAAAUUGGGAAUAUUUGAAGAACAUUUGGCUAGAUUUUACAUUGCUGAACUGACUUGUGCUGUGGAAAGUGUUCAUAAAAUGGGUUUUAUUCAUAGAGAUAUUAAACCAGAUAAUAUAUUGAUUGAUAGAGAUGGUCACAUUAAACUUACAGACUUUGGAUUAUGUACUGGGUUCAGAUGGACUCAUAAUUCAAAAUAUUAUCAAGAUGGCGAACACUGUAGACAAGACUCUAUGGGUGGUGAAGAGUGGGGUGUAAAUGGUGCAGAAUGUCGCUGUCACCAGUUAAAACCUUUAGAGAGGCGACGUCGACGAGAGCAUCAAAGGUGUGAAGCUCACUCAUUAGUUGGCACACCCAAUUAUAUUGCUCCAGAAGUAUUGCUUCGGACAGGUUACACACAAUUGUGUGACUGGUGGAGUGUAGGAGUCAUUCUUUAUGAAAUGUUAGUUGGAUCACCUCCUUUUCUUGCCAAUACUCCCGCAGAGACUCAGUAUAAGGUUAUAAAUUGGGAAAAUACUUUACAAGUACCACAAUCCGCCAAUCUUUCUCCAGAAGGUGCUGAUCUUAUUUUAAAGUUAUGUACUUGUAAAGAACGACGUUUAGGUAAAAAUGCCGAUGAAGUCAAAGCACAUUCAUUCUUUGAAAAUCUAGAUUUUGAGAGAGGAAUGAGACGUCAUAAUCCUCCACAUGUACCACGCAUACAGUUUUCAACUGAUACAUCAAAUUUUGAUCCAAUUGAUCCAGAACGGCUUCAAAAUUCAGAUUCGUCUGAUUCUGAUAAUCGUAUGUCUGAUUCGGAUGGUAAUCGACCAUUCCACGGAUUUUUUGAGUUUACAUUUAGACGUUUUUUUGAUGAUGGUGGUGGACCAUCUUUCCCCACAAGAAUUAGUCUUGAUGAUAAUGAUGGGCAGGGAGCUGUAUAUGUUUGAUUUUAGUAAAUUCUGUGAUGUUUGAACUAGG